GGCAACGGAGGCUGCGGGGGCGCCGGCGCGAGCGGCCGGGCUUGGGGGUGUAGCCGAGCCCGGCCCGGGAGCCCGAACUGCGAGAGAGCGGGGGAGCUAGGCCCCUCACGCUGGACUCCACCGUCUCCAGGCCGCCUGACCCCCGCACGGGUAUAUGGGAUGGAAGCGGGACCCUCGGGAGCAGCUGCGGGCGCCUACCUGCCCCCCUUGCAGCAGGUGUUCCAGGCACCACGUCGCCCUGGCAUUGGCACUGUGGGAAAACCAAUCAAACUUCUGGCCAAUUACUUUGAGGUGGACAUUCCUAAGAUUGACGUUUACCACUAUGAAGUGGACAUCAAGCCAGACAAGUGUCCCCGAAGAGUCAACCGGGAAGUGGUGGAAUACAUGGUCCAGCAUUUCAAGCCUCAGAUCUUUGGUGAUCGCAAGCCUGUGUAUGAUGGAAAGAAGAACAUUUACACUGUCACAGCAUUGCCUAUUGGCAACGAACGGGUCGACUUUGAGGUGACAAUUCCUGGGGAAGGGAAGGAUCGGAUUUUUAAGGUCUCCAUCAAGUGGCUAGCCAUUGUGAGCUGGCGCAUGCUGCAUGAGGCCCUGGUCAGUGGACAGAUCCCUGUUCCCCUGGAGUCUGUGCAAGCCCUGGAUGUGGCCAUGAGGCACCUGGCAUCCAUGAGGUACACCCCUGUGGGCCGCUCCUUCUUCUCACCGCCUGAGGGCUACUACCACCCGCUGGGGGGUGGGCGCGAGGUCUGGUUCGGCUUUCACCAGUCUGUGCGCCCUGCCAUGUGGAAGAUGAUGCUCAACAUUGAUGUCUCAGCCACUGCCUUCUAUAAGGCACAACCAGUGAUUGAAUUCAUGUGUGAGGUACUGGACAUCAGGAACAUAGAUGAGCAACCCAAGCCCCUCACAGACUCCCAGCGUGUUCGCUUUACCAAGGAGAUCAAGGGCCUAAAGGUGGAAGUGACGCACUGUGGACAGAUGAAGAGGAAAUACCGUGUGUGUAAUGUUACCCGACGCCCCGCUAGCCAUCAGACGUUUCCUUUGCAGUUGGAGAGUGGACAGACAGUAGAGUGCACUGUGGCACAAUAUUUCAAACAGAAAUAUAAUCUUCAGCUCAAGUAUCCCCACCUGCCCUGCCUGCAAGUUGGCCAGGAACAAAAGCAUACCUAUCUCCCACUAGAGGUCUGUAACAUAGUGGCUGGACAACGCUGCAUUAAGAAGCUGACAGACAACCAGACUUCAACUAUGAUAAAGGCUACAGCUAGGUCGGCACCAGACAGACAGGAGGAAAUCAGUCGCCUGAUGAAGAAUGCCAGCUACAAUCUGGAUCCCUAUAUCCAAGAAUUUGGAAUCAAAGUGAAGGAUGACAUGACGGAGGUGACAGGGCGAGUGCUGCCGGCGCCCAUCUUGCAGUACGGCGGCCGGGUGAGCAGGAACCGGGCCAUUGCCACACCCAACCAAGGUGUCUGGGACAUGCGUGGGAAACAGUUCUACAAUGGUAUUGAGAUCAAAGUCUGGGCCAUCGCCUGCUUCGCACCCCAAAAACAAUGUCGAGAAGAGGUGCUCAAGAACUUCACAGACCAGCUUCGGAAGAUUUCCAAGGAUGCAGGGAUGCCCAUCCAGGGUCAGCCUUGUUUCUGCAAAUAUGCACAGGGGGCAGACAGUGUGGAGCCCAUGUUCCGGCAUCUCAAGAACACCUACUCAGGGCUGCAGCUCAUUAUCGUCAUCUUACCUGGGAAGACGCCAGUGUAUGCUGAGGUGAAACGUGUUGGAGAUACACUCUUGGGAAUGGCAACACAGUGUGUGCAGGUGAAGAACGUGGUCAAGACCUCACCUCAGACUUUGUCCAAUCUCUGCCUCAAGAUUAAUGUGAAACUUGGUGGCAUUAACAACAUCCUAGUCCCACACCAGCGCUCUGCUGUCUUUCAACAGCCAGUGAUUUUCCUGGGAGCAGAUGUUACACACCCCCCAGCAGGGGAUGGGAAAAAACCUUCUAUCACAGCAGUGGUAGGCAGUAUGGAUGCCCACCCCAGCCGAUACUGUGCAACUGUGAGGGUACAGCGACCACGGCAGGAAAUUAUUGAAGACUUAUCCUAUAUGGUGCGUGAGCUGCUCAUCCAGUUCUACAAGUCCACACGCUUCAAGCCUACUCGCAUCAUCUUCUACCGAGAUGGGGUCCCUGAAGGCCAGCUCCCCCAGAUCCUCCACUAUGAGCUGCUUGCCAUUCGUGAUGCCUGCAUCAAACUGGAAAAGGACUACCAGCCUGGGAUCACUUACAUUGUGGUGCAGAAACGCCAUCAUACCCGACUUUUUUGUGCUGACAAGAAUGAGCGAAUUGGGAAGAGUGGAAACAUCCCAGCUGGGACCACUGUGGAUACCAACAUCACCCACCCAUUUGAGUUUGACUUCUACCUGUGCAGCCAUGCAGGCAUUCAGGGCACCAGCCGACCAUCCCAUUACUAUGUCCUUUGGGAUGAUAACCGUUUCACAGCAGAUGAGCUCCAGAUCCUGACGUACCAGCUGUGCCACACUUAUGUUAGAUGCACACGUUCUGUUUCUAUCCCAGCACCUGCCUACUAUGCCCGCCUGGUGGCUUUCCGGGCACGGUACCACUUGGUCGACAAGGAGCAUGAUAGUGGAGAGGGGAGCCACAUAUCUGGGCAGAGCAAUGGGCGGGAUCCCCAGGCCCUGGCCAAAGCUGUACAGGUUCACCAGGAUACUCUGCGCACCAUGUACUUCGCUUGAAGGCAGAACGCUGUUACCUCACUGGAUAGAAGAAAGCUUUCCAAGUCCCAGGAGCUGUGCUGCCCAAAUCCAGAGGAAGCAAGGAGGAGGGAGGUUAGGUAGAGAGGAGUGUAGGAGGCCUUGUUUUUCUCUACAGAAGGGGUGGAGGGGUGGGGAACAGGGCCAGCAAGAGACCACCAGCCGGAAAUCUCUGAUACCAACCUCAUAUCCUCCUGCAUCCCUCACCCUAUUUUGUCACAUCUGGCCCUGAUCCCAUUGGACCAAGAUGGGCAGCACUGGCGCCCACCAUACUCACAGGUGUCUCAUGUGACUCACAGUGCUAAAGACUCAUGCUUAACAGCUUGUUAAGGUCGGCUCUGAAGCCCUGUGGACAGAAGCUGGUAGGAUUGGGUUUGAUACUUUAGAUGGGAAAGUGAGGGGCUUGAGAAUGUGGGUGGGAGGAGGGAAGGAUUUUUUUAGGAGCCUUAAUCAGAAAAAGGUCUAGAUUUGUUUAAGAAGAAAAAUGAAAUCAGACCCAGAUCAAUAUUUUAGGAUACUAGAUGUUUUCAUGGGUUCAGAAUCCAGUUUGUAGGAAGAUUUUUAAUGCUAAUGGUUUUGGUUGUUCUUCCCUCAGCUACCCACCCUCAAUCCCUGCCCACUGCCUUUUGCCCUUAUUCUCUCAUAUUUCCUACCCCAUCUUACAUCUCAUCCCUGACAGAGAUCCAGCCCCCUAGUAACACUUAAGGCACUAUGGCACUUAGCUCUGAAGUGACACGACCCUGUCUUCCUUCCGCCUGCUGGUGGGUAACCAGUGCCUUCCCUGUAAUGGUAAUGCUGCAGAACUGCAACCUUUUGUACCUUUCUUUGUGGGACUGGGUGGUGGGGGUGGGAGAAGGAGGUAGGUGGGAAACAGAUAUCCCAACCCAAAAAGCCUCCAGCCAGAAUGCCAGCUAUUUUCCAUUUGAAGGAUUGACUUCCAUACUCAUUGAGCUUUUAAAAAGAUCGCAACCUCACGAUGGUUAGAAUCCAUUGACAUUUGCACUUUCAGACAUGACAAGUCUCGGAGCUGCUGAGAUGACUGGCCCCUGGCCUUUUCACUUAUACUUCCCUCUUUUCCAUACCCCCAUUCCUUCCACCCUGCCUGGUCUGGAGUUACUUUCAUACAGCAUUUCUCACUCCUGGCUUUUUUCCCCCUAAUCGUCAUAUCUCUUAUGUUUCAAUAUUUCUUAACUGGGGUGUCUUAUAACAGAAGAUCUUUAGGUCUAAAAUGCGAAAAAAGAAAAUGAAAUGUUAUUUUUAUACCAUAACUUGAGUCUAUUGCCAAAAUCUGGAAAUUCCUCCCAUGCCUGAUGAGUUUACAUCCUGGAAACAUUGAGCCAUCGGAAGGAACUAUGUAUCUGACUUGUUCUCUGGCCUGGCUAGGUAGGGGUGGUUAUUUUCCCCAAAGUGAGGCUCAGGCUCUGUUCUUCCUCUGUGCAAAUAAUACCUUUUUCUUGCUACAGGCUUCCUCCUCUGCACUGUCCUGCACUCUUUCCUGCAAGUGUAUCUUCCCUUUCUCUGGACUGGACUGUCCUUUGACCCUUGGAUUCAUCCCAGAUUCUAGCAUGUCCUGUGGACAGGCUGGGGAAUUUUGCUGCUCCCUUUGCUUCUGUUUACACAAAUGAAUUUUUCCUGGUUUCCCACUAGGGCAUGUGAGUGGGUGGCAUGGGCUUUUUUUUUUUCCCCCCCUUUGAGAUAAAGGGUUUGGCUGGCUUACAGGACUGGAGAAGAAGGAGGUUCUUGCUUAGUCUCUGUUGGCAGUUGAGAGAAGGCUCUCUCUUUCUCCUGUACAACUGCUUGGAAUGGGAAGGUUCAGUUUCAGUAUGCAAAUUCUUCUUUUUGAGGAGCCUGGGCUUGGUUUUUCCCUCUCUGGUGAUGAAGCCAUGAUACUAUAGCUCUAGUCCAAGAUUGGCCAGUCAGCUGGAGGAAGGAAGGUCUGAAUCCUGGCCUGUAGAGUUAAAGCAACCUUUUUUCUCUUCCCAGCAGCCUUUGUACAGACCCAGAUUUGCUAUGCAAAACAAUCUACUCUAGGUUCUGUUCUAGUUGGCUACAUUGUUCAGUAACUUCACAAAAAGGUAACGCAAAUAUUCCUUAUGAAGAAAGCAACAGGACUGUUGAGUAACUCCUCCUGUACAUUUUUCUGCUGGCUAUAGAAUGGGUUGUCCAAUGGGCACAAGCCCAGUGAAAAACAGAGUGGAAGGUCCUGGGAGGAGGCAGCUCACUGGAGAGCCUACAUUCCUUACACAAGUGCCUAAAGAGAGUGAUGCUAACACUCCAUAUGCCCUCUGUCCAUCGCCUUCAUAUACAGUCUACUUCAUGUUCUGUCACCCUUUGGGGAGGAAGCUCUCCUAGGACAAUGGGCUCUCAUGUAAUCUACUACAUUGGGUACAUUUUGGGGCUAGGACAAGGGCAUUAUUCCUGGAGGGUCCAGUCAUUCACCAGCAUUUGCAAAUGCCCGUAGGGAACAGAUGGAAGUCACUAUUCUCAGCAACAAGUUUGUGUUCUUUCCUUUCUCUUUGCCUCACUCUCUCCAUUGGGCUUUGAGCUGGGGCUUGAAAGGCAUUUCUAGUCCUUUGGCAUCACAUGUGCCAUUCAAGAAAUAAAAGCAAGAGAAUGAGCUUGGAUAAUGAUGAGAAAAUAAUUUUCUGCUCUUAGUUUUAGGAAAAAAAAGACAAAUCCAUGAUUGUGUUAUUUAUUCUUGUUUGAAAGGUGGCACAUAUACAAGGUGUUGGUAGUAAGCUUUAGCUAGCUUGGAUUUGGUUGCGGUAGCAGUGCUUCUUACUAAGUUCUGAGGAAGUACUGGGAGGACCCCAGCCUUAUCCUCAUAGGUCUCUUGCUCCCUUUUUCCCACUGUUUUUAAUAUCCCUUUCCUCUUUCUUUCCUUGGCUGUCUCCCCCUGCCCCCUAUUGACUCAACUUGGUUGCUGGCUGGCCUGUAUGCCUGUCUGUCUGCCCAUGUGAUGAAUUCUCUGCAUGACCUGCAAUGAUCCUACUGUUAACUGGCAAGGUCAGGCUAAGCACCUUGACUGCAUAAGACCAAGAACCUGUUCCCCAUGCCCAGUAGUAUUAGUUGAACUUUCCUCAAGCUUACACUAUAGAGCAGCAGACUUGCUUGGCUUCUGGGAGUUUGCACACCUAACCAUUCCUUGGAGUUAGUUUCUCAUUGCUUUUUCUGCUUCCUUUUCUCUCUGCUCUAGGACCUUCCUUUGCUAAGGAUGACCUAGGGUCAAGCUUUUUGAUUAUUCUGAGUUGGGGGUUAGAGAAUGGAAAUAGAGGGAAAAGUGAGAAGAAAAAAAAAGAAUGGAUAGAGUUUGGGAAAGGAGAACACUGCUUUUUUGUUUUUUCUAGUUCAGCAUGACCCAUUGGUUGAGGUGCUACUGCUGGCUACGAUAGCCUUGGAGCUAUUGUUGCCACGAACUUAGGCUUAGAAUGAGGCUGAAGAAAAAGAUGCCUACAAGUUUGAAAGCUUCCUAAAAAUCUACUAGUUUCCACCUGUUAGAUAUCUCCUUAAUAGCCUCCUUGUUGGCUGAGCAACAGUGUUUUUUUCUGUCCAGAAUUAUAUGAAUAAUGCCAGUACACAUGAUGGACACAAAGAGGACACUUCUUGGCUGACUCAUUAGAUAACUGCAAGGCUGGUAGGACUGUAUUUCAGACUUGGCAUCAUGUAUAACAGAGAAGAAUGGAAGUUCCUUCUCUUCCGGGGCAGAAAAUUCAUCUUAAGUGAGCCAAAAAGCAGUUUUAGAAACUAUAUUGAAGAAAGUUGUUUUUAUUUAUUUACUGGGCUUAGGCCAAUUUAGGAUGGUAGCUAAGAUGCCUUCCUUCUUGAAGUCUGAUCAGGGCAGGGAUAUGGCAGGGCACUCUUUCCUACUUAGCCUUUUAAGCGGAUUGGAGAAGAGGGAUUCUCUGGUUUUCUCUUUUCCCCCACUCACUAGGACUUGCCUUCUCCCUGGGCUGGGAGCUAGGCUGGGUUGGUGCUCUCCCCUUACUCUACUCCUACUGACUUCGAACCUCUGGCUGCUGUUUGGAAGCCCAAGAAAAGGAGUGAAAGGAAUGGGCUCAAAACAGAUUAAUAUAGGGAAGGCAGAUUUUCUCUUUGAAAAGGAAAAUAGGAAACUCUCCAAGAAUUGUGCAAGUAAAGACAAUUUGUCCCAAUGCACUGAGUCCCCUAGUGUAGUAGCAAUAAGGUAAAAUGAAAUGACUUUCCUGUGCACACAGUCCAAACUGACUGGUGUUUGAUGUUGCACUUAGCCUUGUGUCAGGCACGUGUGACUACUCUGGGUUUCACUUUAGUUUCUAAACUUUUUAUCCCUCUCAAGUGCAGCAUGGAUGGGGAAAUGUCCCUAGAGCCCCACAGCUGUGUACUUGUUUGCAUUUGUUUCCCUUUGAGACUUGUAUUUGUGUCCUGCUUUGAGCUGUACCUUGUCCAGUCCAUUGUGAAGUUAUUCCAGCAGCUGUAAUGUACAGUUCCUUCUGAAGCAAGCAACAGCAGCAGCACAAUUCUGUUUUAUAAAGACAACAGUGGCUUCUAUUUCUAAAGUGCGGUCUCUCUCUCUUUUUUUUCUCCCUACUGGCAAAAUAAACUAUUGGGAUUAAUUAUA